AUGGACACCGAUCCAUUCGGCCGACUGCCUUGGUUUGCCCUGGAAAAAAUACUAUCAAACCUCCCCAGUCUACCCACACUGCAUAGCCUGUACAAUGCGUCGCCGGAAGUUGCCGUAUUUUUACAUCGGAAUCAAGAUCUAUUUUCCCGGAUCUUGGAGGCGAUUAUCAGCAAUCCGGUCCGCGAAAGAGGUCUAGCGCCACAUGUCCAGGAUAUCAUACGGCUGCUCAUCCUUGUUUGGACCCCAAUGCAAGAACCGUGUAUAGAUAUUCUUGGCAGUUUAUAUUAUGUCCUGGAGCGUCCCCGUGAAUCGCCUUCUAUGCUUAAGACAAUAUCCCCGUUAACACCGGCGGCCAUUCUUUGUCGGCUCCUUCGUCUGAUGGCUCGACUACGAUGUCUCAUCCACGCAUAUUUCCAUUCUGUAAUUACAAGGUGCCUCCAGCUGCAGCUAGAGCAUAUACCACCACCCCUACGGCCGAGGAAAAGGUGGUGGACUGCAGACUGGGUAGUUGAUCGCAGCCAGCGCCCUAAGGGUAUUCCAUACACCCCCAUUGAUAUUGGCCCACUGACAUGGGUAGAGGAGCAACGACUACUCAGUAGUUUCUUCUUGGUUGUUCUUUUUUACGAGUUACGCAAGGGACAUCUUGAACAUUCCCUCGUUGUUAAAGACAGCGCGUCUGUCCGCGCACUGUUGGACAACAACGUGGAAGGGUUUUGGAAGAAUGCCUUUCGGAAGUAUCAGCCGACCCAAGGUCAUGAGGAGCAGCUAGCAGCUCUUCUUCACUGGCUGUACGGAGGCAUUGGCAUCGACCAUGGUAGUGUUCCUUUCGGUAUUAGCCUGGGAGACGUCGUCACCUCUUCACGCUCUGGAAAGCAGAUAGCCCAAGUCAGCAGCAGUUCCAUAUCUAGCAAUUGUGCCAAGGGAUUGACAAAUUGGAAUGCCUGGGUCGGCAGCGGCAGUGGCGGUGAAAAUGUCAAUGCGAACCCGGAAACAAAUAUUUUCAGUCAGAAAUGUAUCAUUGGUACAGGUGCCAAUAGCUUUGCCCGUCUAUGUGAGUAUAGUUGCAAAGAUGGCUACUGUCCUCUCGGCGGUGGCGUUACGCAGAGACCUACGUCUCUUGGAACAACUGAAUACUACACCAACGUCACAACCACGACACUCCUUGCCCAGACCUCACAGGAUACCUCCGCAACCUCAACGAUGGUUGUUCCGGUAUGGGUCCAGGCUGGGGGCUUCUAUUGGUCUCCAGUACAUCAGCCUACCCCAAAGCUGGGCGGUAUACCCGUGCCCCCAUUGCCCUCUGAACACAAUCUCGAUGGGCCUGGUGAUUGUAGAGAUGGCGCUCUGUUUCCUUUUAUUCCUUCUUUGUCGGCGAUACAAUUAUCAUCUUGA